AAGUAGCUACUUCAUCGAUGUGGCGUGGUUCUUAAGCCGUUUGAGAUGAAUGGAAAGCGGCCCGCGGAGUCCGGCCCGGCUCGGGUGGGGAAGAAGGGAAAGAAGGAGGUGAUAGCAGAGUUUUCCGACGCUGUCACCGAGGAAACCUUGAAGAAGCAGGUGGCUGAGGCCUGGAGCCGUAGGACGCCGUUCAGUCACGAAGCCAUUGCCAUGGACAUGGACCCCUUUCUACACUGUGUGAUACCAAACUUCAUCCAAAAUCAAGACUUCUUGGAAGGGCUUCAGAAGGAACUUUUGAACUUGGACUUCCAUGAAAAGUAUAAUGAUUUAUAUAAGUUCCAGCAGUCUGAUGAUUUGAAGAAGAGAAAAGAGCCUCAUAUCUCAGCAGUAAGAAAACUUCUGUUUGAAGAUUUUCGGACCUGGCUUUCUGACAUUUCUAAAAUUGACCUGGAAUCAACUAUUGACAUGUCCUGUGCUAAAUAUGAAUUUACUGAUGCCCUUCUCUGCCAUGAUGAUGAGUUGGAGGGGCGUCGGAUUGCCUUCAUUCUGUACCUCGUUCCUUCCUGGGACAGGAGCUUGGGGGGCACCCUGGACCUGUACAAUAUUGAUGAACACUUUCAGCCGAAGCAGAUUGUCAAGUCUCUUAUCCCUUCAUGGAACAAACUGGUUUUCUUUGAAGUGUCUCCAGUAUCCUUUCACCAGGUGUCUGAAGUUCUCUCUGAAGAAAAGUCGCGUUUGUCUAUAAGUGGCUGGUUUCAUGGCCCUUCAUUGACCAGGCCUCCCAACUACUUUGAACCACUCAUUCCUCGAAACCCUCACAUCCCACAAGACCAUGAAAUUUUAUACGAGUGGAUCAACCCUACAUACCUUGACAUGGAUUACCAAGCUCAGAUUCAAGAAGAAUUUGAAGAACGGUCUGAAAUUCUCCUGAAGGAGUUUCUUAAAACAGAGAAAUUUGCAAAGGUCUGUGAGGCCUUGGAGAAAGGAGAUGUGGAAUGGAGUAGCCGUGGUCCCCCUAACAAAAGGUUUUAUGAGAAAGCUGAGGAGAGUAAGCUCCCUGAUAUACUGAAGGAUUGUAUGGGGUUAUUUCGCUCCGAGGCUCUGUUCUUGCUGCUCUCCAACUUCACAGGCCUGAAGCUUCACUUCUUGGCCCCUUCAGAAGAAGAGAUUGAGGACAAAAAAGAGGAAGAAGCAAGCUGUGCUGCUGAUAGCACUGAAGAAGGGACUAGCCAGAGCUCCUCAGAGCCUGAAAAUAAUCAGGCAGCCAUCAAGAGCAGCAGCCAACAGAGCAAUGAACAGACAAACCCAGUGCCAGAAGAAGAUGAAGCAAAGAAAGAAUCAAGUGUCCCCACAUGCCAGGGAGAACUGAGGCAUUGGAAGACUGGUCAUUACACUUUAAUCCAUGACAACAGCAAGACAGAAUUUGCCUUGGACUUACUUUUCUACUGUGGCUGUGAAGGCUGGGAGCCAGAAUAUGGUGGCUUUACCUCCUACAUUGCCAAAGGUGAAGAUGAAGAGCUGCUAACGGUGAAUCCAGAAAACAAUUCUUUGGCAUUGAUCUACAGAGAUAGAGAGACUCUGAAAUUUGUCAAGCAUAUUAACCACCGAAGCCUAGAACAAAAGAAAACCUUCCCAAACAGAACUGGUUUCUGGGACUUUUCAUUUGUCUAUUAUGAAUAACAGGAGUGGGCAAGGCCAAACAAAAAAGUGACCAUCGAUACUGGGAAAGUUAGGCACAGAAUGAAGGAGAGGUACAUGGUGGCCUGAUUGCUAGUGGGUAUUCUUUGGGGGAUUGUUUUUGGCAGUGCUGGGGCUCAAAUCUGAGACCUCUUACAUGCCAGGCAAGUGCUCUGCCACCGAGCCACAUCCCCAGCCCAUCUGCUAGCAUUUUAGAACUGUUUUUCCUUUAAUAGGACUCAUGAUUUGUCCUAGACCUUGAGCUUGGAGCUAUGUACGUAUCUUUUAAUUUCAAAAAAGGUUUUUAAUUUUGUUUCACAUUGAAUUCUUCAAUUUCCACAGUGACUGCUUCAAUAAUUUUUUUUCUAACUUGUGAUUUUCAUUAUUUUGAUUGUAAAAUUAUGUAACCAAUUUUAGUCACUUAACCAUUUUUAAUUGUACUGCUCAGUGGGAUUAAGUGCAUCCACACUGUUGUGUAACCAUCACCACCUUCCAUAUCCAAAGCUCUUCCAUCUUCCCAAACUGAAAUGCUGUACCAUUGAACAGUAGCUCCCCAUUCUCCCCUACUCCACCCCCUGCCAUCCUACUUUUUCUCUAUUAAUAUACUCAUGUCCCUCAGAUGAGGAAUCAUGGAGCAUUUGUCCUCUUGUGAUUGGCUUAUUUCACUUAGUGUAGAGUCCUUGAUACAUCAGUGUUUCUUUUUUACUCGUGAUUGCAGAGCCCAUGCUUCCCAGUUACACUGGCCUAGAAAAUCACAGAAGCUUAUUUCAUGUUAAGUCUUAAGAGUUCUGAUAGCGUGAGUCAUUAUACUUUCCACUGUCUGUGGGCUGUUCCACUGUGAUUCACAGACCAGGUGGACUUAGGUGUGUAGUGCUGCUUCCUUGGAAAAGGUUCAACCUAAAACCACAUAACUGCAAGAAACAUCUGACUGGUAAAGAGGACAGGGUGCUUACUGCCAGAUGUAGUUAUUUCCAGGUACCCUUUGCCUUCCCACCUUGACGUUGUGGCUUCUGUAUAAUUAUAAUCUAGCUUCACAGGUGGCUUUCGUUUUCCUACAGUAUUUAGGUACUAUAGAACUAGUUGCCUGUUUUUCCUUUAAGAGAAUCAGAGGUAAAAGCUACAUGGGAAUGUCAGGAGGCUGUCCAUUUUACAUUUUCUCCUCAGGUGCUCCGGAGGGCUCCAUCAUGUGUGCGCACGCGCACACAGGCGCACGCACAGGUGGAUGAAAGAUGCUGUUCUCCAUCUCUAGUGUUUCCCUCUGUUUCCUUUUCUUUUUCACCUAUUUCUUACUAUUGCAAUGGUUUUUAGUGUGGGUUUUAAUAACUAGUAGGAAAAGCAUUGGACCCUUAUGUCUCAACCACUUCUCUUUCAUUUCCUGAGUAGUGAUUCCUUUCUAAAGUUUGCAGUUAAAUAAAGAAAAUGAGUUUCACUUUCUUUUAGGUCGAUGGUUUCUAUUUUUUACACAUCCCAAUCAGUAAAACACAUUUCAUUGUGUUUCUAUUAAAUGGGUAUUUAAGUUUUAUACAUGUAGUAGUAUUAGUUUUAAAACAAUAUUAUAUUAUAAAACAAAUGCUACUUUUUAAAUGAUAAAAGUAUCUAGGGUUUUAGUAUUGUAUUCCCACACCCACAUGGUGAAUGAACCAUUUUACACACAUACCAUUUUAUUUUAUUUUUUACUUUUUUUUUUUAUUCAUUGUGCACAAAUGGGGUACAACUUUUCAUUUCUCUGGUGGUACACAACGUAAAGUCACAUUGUUUCUGUAAUCAUACACGUACAUAAGGUAAGAUGUUUGUCUCAUUCCAUUAUCUUUCCGUCCCCACGCCCUCUCCUCACCCCUCAAUUCCCUCUACACAAUCCAACGUUCCUCCAGUCUUCCCUUAGACCUGCUGCCCCACCGUUACACACAUACCAUUUUAGAGACCACAAUUUUUUAACCACAGUGUAGUGAUGUUCAAGUGGGAUUGAAAAUACUUUGGUACUAAUGGCUAAUUUUGAAGCUUGCCUUUUCUAAGUUCCUGGGGCCUAAAGGUCAUCUGUACUAUUACUACUUUCACUCACUUGCUUUCCGAAGUGCUUUCACGAGCAGGCAGGGUAAGGUUAUAGUUAACAGCUUCACUCAGGGGCUUAAGCAAGAUCCAGGGAAAGGUGCUGGGUAGGUGAGACCAUCUGUGUGCCACGCUUUGGAAAUGGUGUGAGACUCCUGGCUUUCGUUGCUAUCUAAGGCCACCCAACUUUUCCAGUUCUGAAAGCUGGAUCUAAAUCUCAGAUAAUACUCACAUGAAAAUGUGCUUAUUUCUCUUUUAUCUCAUUGUGCUUAUAGUCAACAUAACAGGCUCUUCAACACUACAAAACUACAAAAACAGAUUUGGGUGUCUAAGGGAAAAGAAUCCCUAACCCUGACAUUGCUGUCAGUUCCUAUGUCUACAGUGCACAGGACUGUCAAGGAGAAGGUAAUUUGCAGGUUGCUUUUCUGCCCUGAUGAUGUGAGUAAGAAGCUGCUUUCCUCAACAGUCAGGCACCACAUGGUGAUGUUUCAGGACAGAUUGCAUAUACGAUGGUGGUCCCCUAGAUUAUCAUAGACAUGACAGAUUGCUGUCGCCUAGGGAAACCAUGGCUUCCGUUGCAAAGCCUUGCUCACGUCUGGUGAUGCUGCUGUAAACAUGCCCGUGUUACCAGUUGUAUAAAAGCAUACAGCACAUAUGUACAGUACAGUAUGUAAUAUUUGAUGAUAAAUAAAUGACUAUUAUUACU